AUGAAACGCCAGCGUUGGUUUGCUCAACGUCCGCAACGUCCUGCGGCGGCGUUCAUUAUGCGAUUGAAACUCCGACUGAUCCUCCUGGUCGUCGGAGUUUAUGCCGUCAUCUCUGCAUUUAUUCUCUGCUUCCCCCAGCCUUCUCAGACCUUCAGUCCAGCUUCCGAUGUCCGGAACAACAAUAGGAAAAUAAGCUAUGACGUUGACGGCACUGCUUCCAGUUGUCGAUGUUCCCUCCUCCCUCACCAACAACAGCCUCGAGCCGUUUGGAGGUGGCCGCCGCGGCGGGUGGAGGAUCUUAUCUGUCCCAAUGAUAGCACCUACGACUUGACACUUUGUGUGGCUAUCUCGGGCACCGGAGUUGUGCCUACGAAGCUCGACUUACGGUUGGAUGAACUGCGUCAUCGUAAGUCUCGGCUGCAGCACGCGAUUGAUGGCUGGUCACUCCUGCGUCAGUGGUACGAGCUGGAGGAUGACGACAAACUGGAGCAGUAUGACAUGUACACGGCAGCCAUAAAUGCAACGCCGUACGUGAGAAAUAUAUCCGCGGGCUGGCCUGUAAACAUGGUGAGCCGAGUACUUCCUUUGAUGCUGUUUACCGAAUCGUAUCCUAGCGAGUCAUUUCACGAUUCCAGAAUUUAGCAGUCUGCCCUAUUUCCAGCUAAGGAUGGGGAUGACCAGUGAUUGUUCUGACGGGAUAGUAUCGAGUCCAAAUGAGGGUUCUCUUUGCUGUUUUGAGGUAAUACUGAAUAAUACGCGUGGCAUGCUAUUGGUACUUGCCUGUGCAUGACUUGGACACAAAUUUAGUUCCCUCGGUCGAGACAAAGGCAACGUUGGAGCCAGUCUGGAAUUACGUGUCCAGGUUGUUGGUUAAUGUCCUAUAGUGAAGCAGUCUCCGCGAAAUAGACUCUUUCGACUGGACUGGCGCUGUCAUUUUGGCAACCAUUUUCAUAAAUGUCACAUCAGAAAACAAUAUAAAGCCCGACAGUCACCGAUGCUCGAAGUUCGAAUACCGACCUGUUAGCAGUUGCAUGGGGCCUUCAACCGGAGAACGUGUAUCUCAGUGAUUCGAGAUUUCGUGGGCACUGGUCCGGACUAAUCUUUGGGUAUUGGCAGAUGUGCGCUCAGGUUAUGUGGGCCGAUAUAAGAAGAGAGUGAGGCCGAUGCUAAGGUUCCCUUGCCCACGGUAAUUAAACGCAUUCCUCACUAGUAAAUCUAACGCGGUUGCAUUUUAUUAUUAUUGACACCACCACCACCACCACCACCACCACCACCACCACCACCACCACCACCACCACCACCACAGGUUGCAAAACCCGGGGUUGGGUAUGGCUGGCUGAUGACGCCACAGUUCGGCCGUCGUUGCCGACGAUGUCCGCCACGUGCUACACAGCAGGGUGGGAGCGGGGAAGGUGACUUGCGCGUGAUUUAGUUUAUGGUGAUAGUGCGGCAUCUACCACAUUUUCCCCUCUUUCCCCACCUGGGCACGGUAUCAUGGCUGACUCAAGAUGACCGGAUGUGGGAAAGGGCUCAGGUGACUGACACGGUGAAAACCCGCACCUAAGCUCCGAUCCCACUGAGUGGGACCUCCAUAUGGGCCACAUUAAGAAGGAGCCAUUGUAGCUUGACUCAUUCCACCAGUCGGCCACUCCAAACAAACACACACACUGGGCUGACCGCAUGGUUUAAGUUGAAUCUUCAAUUGGCAACCUUUAAAGCCACGGUCUUUAGCUCGCCGUGGCGGCUUCAUGCGCGUUUAAUUUUUUAUAAUGAGGAAUUAUUCGCUGGAAGUCGGUCUCGCACGAACUGCCCCCUCCCCCCACACAUACACGCCAGGAUUUCACACAAAAGGGGGUAGACUGUUCGGAUCUCAAAUGUAACAGUGAAGCCAUAUGGAGAAAGGAGCUGAGUAAUCCUUUUAACGAGUAGUUCGUAACAUAUGCCUUGCAGGUCUCGGCGCACUCUUUCCCAUGUUUGCUCAAGAUCGGGCUGCUCGGACAGUCUUUGCUGCACCAAGCGGCGACAUCUGAAGAACGCCGCUUUGGUUGAGUCAGUCCGGUGGCCAACGUAGGCCUUAUGCGCAGCCUGUUCUUUCCGGUGAGCAGUUUACCGCAGUUGGCUAGAUCGCAGUUGGUAGCCCUGCCCCGUAUUACAGGUGGCUGGGGGUUUGCUUACUGGAGCUGUUUUGUGGGGCUACAUAAUCACAUCUGACCCAUUUGGCUUCCGUUUUACGUUUGAGGUUAGGAUUAAGGUACCGCUUUAUGGUGUCCGAUUUUCGAGUUAGGGUUAUGCCUUUUAGGCUUAGGCUUUCGGGUUACGAUUAGGGUUUGAGUUUACAAUUAGGUUUUAUAGUUAGGGCUAUGUCGAAGGGCUACGGUAACGUUUACGAUUACGCAAUUUUCUGCGUCGUUUUGGUCGAGUCAGCCCUAGUGUUGACGCCGGGCGUGUCCGAGGACGCCCAAGGCAGUGGAAUGGAUAGCAUUCCGCGGUUGACAUCACCGAGUCUCCACGGUGGUCAGGUCGUCCGGACCCUGCGGUUCCUCCAGGUGUUGGGCUGAUCAGCUACCAAAUCUUAGCGACGAGCAGGCAAAUUCGACAGAACAGGUAUUUAAUAUGCCUGGGGGUCGCUUACCUUGUGGUCUCUCGCGAGCUUGUGAUCGGCGCCUCUUCUUGCAGAUGACAAGACAGUCGGCGUCGCAGAUGGCCUUGGUUACCAGCACGUCCUGUCGACCCCGCCUCCGGACAUGAACGUAGUCCAGCAACUUCCGGCGCCGCGAUCGGGGGUGCAUUGAGAUCGCCCUCUUCCGUGUCGGAAGUCAAAAUGUGUUGGUGAGAUGGAGGAGGAGGGGGAGGCGGUAUUGUGUGCAGGUUUGCAGAAAUCGGAGGCCAUUGUCGUUGCAGCCACAGAUUCCAUGGAGACUCAGCACCCCCCUCCAGGUAACUUAGUCUGUCCCGACAUAGGCAUUGGAGUCACCAAGGAUAAUCAACUUGUCUGCCUUGUGCACAGUUGCCAGGAGGGCGUGCAGUUACUCGUAGAACUUGCUUUUCGCCUCGUCGGAGAUGGCUAUUGAGGGAGGGAAUGGGGAGUAGGCACUGACGAUGGUGAUGAAUUUGGUUCCCGAAGUGGCGAAUGCAGGGCGGUCGUUGGCGCCCUUCGGCAGGUAGGGCAGCAGUUUCACGAUGUCGUUCCGGAUGGCAAAGGCGAUUCCGGCGUCGCGUCGUUCUGCCUUUGGGCGGCCGCUCCAGAAGAAGAUGUAGCCGACACCCACCUCGAGUUGGCCCGGCUCGGAGAAACAGGUGUCGUCGCUGAGAGCAGCGAUGUCCACCUUGUAGCGCAUCAGUUCCAGAACGACUAGCGCCAUCUCCCUUUCCGGAUGGUUGCUCCUCGGAUCGUCUAAAAGGGAACGAACGAUCCAGGCCGCCAGAGCGAGUGGACUUACUCUAGCAGCCUGUGGAUUUGGCCGAGGAGAGGAGGGGAACGGGGGGUUUUUGUUCUUUGUUAUUUUUUGACCUCGCUUUUUGCAUCUACGAGACACCAUAUACAGUUAGUGACCUAACUCAUGAAAUGUGUCGAAACCGACACCAUUUCAUGGGUCCAGUGUCUGUGUCAAUUGCGUAGAAGUUUAAAAGAACUAAAAGCAUAAAGGAAAUGCUAGAGGCGGUGUUGCAUUGUUUAGAAAUGCCGAUUUAUUUAAAAAAAAACGCAAUAUCCCGAAAACGUCAGAAAUGGCUCUAAUUUAGUAGAAAUAAAAUAACGUCUGAUAACAGUGUUUCAGUGAAAUUUACAUCUAAGUAUCGUUUAAUAAUUAGUGUGAUUUCAUAUAUGACGGUUUGCCAACGGCCUGCAUCCUGAGUGUAGGUUCCAAAACAGUUUUCCAGGGAUUCAUGUUACCCUUGACUCUUUUGAGUUAAAUGAAACGAAGUUCAACAAGAGAAACUGGAUUGUGCUUGAUUUCACCGGCGGGGACCUCAAAGGAACAACAGUUUUCAUAAGGUGACAUUCUGUCAGGCCGAUUGGUGCGUUAAUACGUUUAAACAGAACUGACAGGCGUGAUCGUAAACAUACAACUUUGUGUUUAUAGGGAAAACAUUUCUUCCGUUAAAUUAAUUUACGCUUUUCGUUCGUUUUGGAUUAUGUUUAGCUUCUGUUCGAUCUCGAAAUAUUGCUCAAUACUUCAUUAUUUUCAGUGUUUUCACCCGAUCGUCCAUAUAGAAAGAUUGUCAAUUACUUGUCUGUUAAGAUAAGGUUAUUUUGAAGGUAUUUACCAAAUUAGUGAGUGUUCGGGUGCUCCUUUUCAGGAAGAUGGUCAUUUGGGUCACAUGUGAAGACUCAUUCAAACACCAAACUUCAUCUUUAACAAAUAAAGCUGUCCACGACGAAAGUCAGCAACGAAUAUGCCUUCGAUCAAUAAAAAAUUUCUUUAAUAAGUUACCUCUUUAAGAAGUGCUUUAUUACUACGCUCCAUUGACGGAUCUCUGUGGACUUUGCAUUUUUGCACGAUGAGGCCAAGUAAAAAUUUGACACUUUUGGCCGUUCCUUUCUCGUUCCUAAACAAUACUAAUAUUUUUCUACUGAAAACGUAAGAACGCGCCUUUCUCUAUACAUUGAGGCCAUUUCCACUGUUUCUGCUCGCUUUUAGACUCCGUUCUUCGAUUAUGAAUGCACGGCAGAGCGCCCAUAAAAAUACUGUCAUUUUGCUGAAAAUAUUAACGUUUUGCUCGUUCUAUUUCUGAAUAAGGUAUGCGCAGAGGCUAAACUACACGACAAGUAGCGUUUCCUAUGUUCAAAACUGGAAACGACCAUUCGGCGGUGGUAAUUUAUGUGACAUCAGGUAGAAUUUUCCAAGCGGCAGAAAUAUUCAGCCCAAUUACACGAAGGAAUCCAAAUCUGCGUUAUUACUGCACUUUAGGGCAGCAAAUCGCACAGACCUGUUAAUUUGGCAUUCAAGAAUUGAUAAAACCUCUGGUUUUCCUAAACCUUAGUGUUAGCAGGUUUAUUGCCACGGUUAAAAUCGGACAUAAAAUAAAUUUUCAGGUUCGGCUAAAUCUGUUUAUUAAAACUCUCGCGGUUAAAUUAUUAUCCUUCGAAUGAAAAAGUCGCGCAGAUUCGUAACCGGAGUCUAGGACAUGUAUUAGCAUAGGAAAUUGCACGAAUUUAUUCCAACGUCCAUUUUCGCUAGAAUGUACUGAUAUUUUACUUGAUAUAAUUACGUAAACACAAUUUCUGCACAAUAAAAGGACGUCUCAUUGAGGGAUGUGGAUGAACGAACAAAAUGCGCAACGUCAAAGACGUCCAGAAAUUCCUGCAUUAGUUUCCGCUAUCAGCUUUCAUGAGAUAGGUCACGUACUGUACUUACAGAUGGCGUGAUUUCUCAGCAUUUGUUUAGGGCGCAUUUCCUAUUCCCUUUCAUGAGAGGGGAUAAGCAGUGCUAUCCAAAAAUAGGGCUGCCUAGACAUCCCAGACAACCACUGAGCUCCAUUAUGGAUUAGGGUUUUGCCUAGUGGAGAGCGACUGGAGUUAUUCCGGGCCGCCUACGGGAUUGCAUGUCGCCCUUUCCGUACGAAUUUUGAAAUGGAAGAGGGAGGAAGGAGAGGGAAGAAAGCGAGGGGGGUGGGAUGGGAAUGGGAACAUACCUGCCGAAUGUGGAAACACACAAUAGCGGGUACCCUCAUCUGGUUUAACGCGCCGGCCGAAGCGGUUACAAGGGUGUGGACGCCAAGCAGUGCCUGGCUUCGGCGAGCCGCAGAGGAGAGUUGAGUGUCAGUUAAGGAUCAAGAGAAGCAGCUACCAUUUUCAUGAUAUGACCUACCACCCAUGCACGGGUUCCUCUAACUGGACACCCUCACACCCCAUCUACGGGACUCCGUUGCUAUGCCACCCCAUACCUAUCAUAGAUGGUCGCAGUUGGUGCGGUAAUGGUUCGAUGACCCACGGCUGAGUUGUUGACUGCCGCGACUUCAUCAUCCUGCAAUUUGGCUCUCCAUAACUGGCGCUGAAAACAGUGGUCGCUCGCGCGCACCCGCGUGACUAAUUACUCUACUCAGAGAAACUAUCAGCAUUGGAUGUGGAGGUGGGAGUUUGUUGUGCCUGUCAUUAUUAGUGGAUUAGGGGUAGGAGAACAAUGACCUAGACAGCACGCAGCUCACAGUCGUUAUAUCCUUCGGGAAUUUCCGCCUUGUAGAACUUGAAGAGGUAGGGUGGCCCCGCUGGGUGGUUUGUGAUUUGAGAAUUAACGCCCUCCCUCCUUGUUACUGCUUUGAGUUCGGCCACCCGUGUCCAAAGUGGUCUUCCGGCAAGCGCUCUCGCAUGUCAAGAACGUGUCGGGAGCCGUCAGUCGCCUUUUCAUACUGCUUUGCGUUGGGGUUAGACACAGUCAGGAGGCCAUUCCCGUGCGCCAUGUAAUGAGAUCCGAAUAUCCUUUGCCACGACAGUAAACGUCUUGAGUAGUUUACCGGCUCUGGUGUAGUUGUUGGCAACGUAACCAUCUCGCAGCGCCUAUUAAAAUGGAAGAGAAAUUUGGUUUUUCCUGACUGGAUAAACUGAAUUUGUGAAGAGGAAUAGUCUGCAAGAUGACCACAUUUAGGUGUCUCCUUUAGGAGAGGGUGACGCUGAACAGUGUUCAAGACGGAGAAGUGGCCAAGAAAUUUGAGUGUUUAUGCACGGGAACCGUUUCUAAGCAUAUGAGUACAGAAUGGACCACGAGAGUAACGGCAUCUCAAGUACUGAGUGUGGUUUUGUAUGUAAAUUGUAGCGGAGUAUGGGAAGCGGAGAAUGGACCGAAUGCGUAACUCAACGACCGAGCAGGGAUGGACAGGAGUGUCUUCGUAGCGGCUAAAUUAUUAAUCGUCCACGGUUUCUCAGGCAUCAUGUCUCUUCAAUCACCUUAAAGAUCCAUCUACCUACCGCCUCCUAUCUAUCCCCUCACCCCUGAUCCGCUUAGCCCGCUGAACUGCAGGUAUGGAGCUGGUCGGAACCGGCAUACUUCGUGUCGAUUUCUUAACUGCUGAUGAUGGAGCUUUUUGUUUCACUUCGUAGCCUCCAAUAAACAACGUAAACGUCAAACUCCUGCGUACAAGCAGGUUUGUUUGCCCACCAAAGACCCCACCAAGGCGUCAGUUUGACCUCAUCGUCGUCUGGAAAUCCGCCGUCUACAACUUCGAGGACCGGGCGCGUAUUCGCCAGCAUUACCUCAACCUCGACAAUCUGACCGACCUCAAGAUUGGCAUGGUCUUUUCUCUCGGCUUGCCUCGUCCCAGCGGCGGCGCCCUCCUGCACAUGAACGGCUUUGACAUUCUCCUGCCCGAGCGCGCAGGUGAGGCGCUGAAGACCUGGGAGGGCCGAGCUGAUGAGGCAUUGGAACGUCUGGCCGCUGAGGCCGAUCGCUACGGGGAUAUCAUCCUGGGCGACUACCUGGACACCUACCUGAACCUGAGUCUCAAGAUGAGCACCAUGUUCCGGUGGGCGAGCAGCUUCUGCCGUCAGCAGACACUCGCCUUCUUCUUCAUUGACGAUGACUACCUCUUCUACCCCGAGCGUGUUGAAGCCUACCUGCGUUCAAUUGACCCCGACAGACUGCCCACACUGUACAGUGGCCAGCUGCUGCGCAACUACCGGGUCAUUCGACCGCAUGUGGACCCCCGGCUGAAUAAGUAUGCCACCAGUGAGGAUGACGUGCCCUGGCCAGUAUAUCCAGCCUACCUGGCAGGCCAGCACUUCUUCAUCGGCCCGCAGGUCCUCUCCGACCUGGUGGUAGCCAUGGCCUACACGCGCUAUCACUCCCUCGAUGACACCUUCUUGGCCUUUAGCCUGGCUAAACUGCCCUACCAGAUGGAGGCAAUGCCGGCCCUUCUGGUCCGGCCGCAUGACUCCUACUCGUGGCUUUACUGGCUGAUUGUGAAGCUGGAAGCCUUCUUUAAGUCCUUGGAGGCCGUCUUCAUGACAAGUCCGGAAACCGUGUUUCUCUUUGACGUCCACACUCUCUGA